AUGGCGUCUGAUGACAGCAGCGAGGGCCCGACCUCGUGUGCCGAUGACAUAUCCGAGGACAUAAAUGUGCUGCCGUGUCUCGAUGACAUCGCGGAUAAAAUUGCGCCGAGGGAGGAGGAGAAUCAAGAAGAGUUCAGAAAGCUUCUGCUGUCGAUGCUUGAUUCAUCAUUCGACUCCGACGACGAGAGAAACAAAGAGGAUGUGAUUGAGCGACUAGAGAAUCCACCCGACACUGAAAAACCCGUCGAAGGUGAAGAGGUGAUGGCGGGUCCAGAGUCUCCAACUGAUCAUCGGCUGGAGUAUCUAGGCCUCUGUGUACAGAAAUCAUUGAAAUUGAAGCCAGAAAAAUGGGGGAGACUGCUGCUUACGGAGGAGUACAGGAAUGCAGUACUGGAUUUCUUGGAUAAUUCGUAUCCAGCUGCGAUAUUCGUUGUACUUACACCGAAUGCUCAGCUUGUCGCCUCUUGCAGUUUUCCCAUUCCGUGUCAAAGGACAAAAGGAACGUAUGCUGUGAAAACGAGAAUGACGCCAGUUCCAAAAGAUGUGGAGAGUUGUGCGGCAAUGCUGAUAGUGGGUGAUUUUUCAAAUAGGGUUGUCGACGAACUCGCAACUUUAGUUGAUAACAUCUACGCGCCGCUAUUGAGCAAACAUGAGAAUCACAAAGAUUUACCGGAGGUUGCUGUGCAAGACAUCUGCAGGCACGUGCACUCAAUUCGGGGCACACUGUAUCAGGUGAAAGGGCAGGUUAAUGGUAAGACAGUUCUGCCAAUGCCGGCGGGGUUGGAAAAAGUGUCAGAGGUGGAAAGGCUGGUAAGAGAAGAUGGACCACAAGCAGCUGAUCUGUACCUGAAGAGUGCCAUCGAAGGGGUUGUUAUAAAGUGGGCUUAUCUGGUCAACGAUGUUGUGACACAAGACUCGAGUGUUGCUUUUGAAAAUGGACAGAAUCCUACGCCAACAUCUGAGCUGGAAUUCUGGUCAAAACGACUGACAAAUCUGAGAUACAUCUUCGAUCAGCUUCGGGAGGAUCGUGUGAGAAAAAUGGCGAUAAUCCUUGAGAAAACAGAUAGCGCUUAUUAUCCGUGUUUUCGCACUCUAUUCAGCAACGUCGUGUCUUCCCUUGCUGAAGCCAAAGAGAUAUCCCUGUACUUGACGCCACUGAGGAGAUGCUUCAAAGCCAUUGAGGAAAUUGACUUUUCCGAGGCUAAGCCUGUUAUGGCCACUGUUAUCCAUUCAGUUGGCUUGGCCUGGGCAAAGUCACGCUAUUAUCAGAACUCAACAAAGUUGAUUAUCAUGUUUAGACAGAUAUCCAACCUGUUGAUACAACAGGCGAGACGUUUUCUCGAUCCUUCGUCCAUUUUCCAGAGUGACGUUGAUGAAGCACUGCAGCGAGUACAGAUAUCCAAGGGCAUUCUAGAGGAGUUCAAGCAUCAAUUUGAAAAAGCGAAACAACAGCCCGGUUUAAAGGAAGAUAGUCCACCCUGGACCUUCAAUUCGUCUGCCAUUUUCACACGUCUCGACGCCUUCUUGAAACGGCUGUCCGACAUUGAGUGGCUCUUCAACACUGUAAUUGAAUUUUCAAAACUGGAAAAAAUUGAAAUUGGCGGUGUACUGGGUCGUUCACUCAGCGCUAGGAUUGUUGGCGUUUUCAAGGAGUUCCAGGCGCUCUUUGCAUCGUUCUCAGCGAGAGCCAGUGACGUCCUCGAACCCGACGACGAGUCCUUCGCUGUUGACUGUGCCAAGUUUGGUGAAUCAAUCACCGAUCUUGACAGUAAACUGGCUGCCAUACUCUGCCAGGCUUUCGACGACUGUAGCAAUUUGGAGAGUGCUUUCAAGCUGAUCAAUAUCGGCGGUACUGUCCUGGAUCGACCGAUGAUUCGUAGGCAAUUCAUGGACCGUUACUCCCGGAUAUAUCAACUGCUGAAUAACGAAUUGACAAUGGUUGAGAUACUGUUCAAUCGGGGCACCCGUGGAGCUAUGGGUGACCUUCCGCCCCUCGCUGCUGCUCUUCGAUAUACAAGUAUGCUCAGACAGAGAAUCGAUCUUCCAGUGCAUUGUUUCAAGACACUCCAGAAAUCAAUUGUCGAGAGUAAUGAGGGAGAGUGCAUCAUCGCACGAUACGAAAGAUUUCUGGAGAUGUUAAACGAAAAGGAAAAAACUCUUUUCCUAGAGUGGGUUGAUGCAGUCCCUGAAAUUGUUGAAUUCGGCCUUCAAAGAACUCUGUUAACCCGUGACAGAGGCUCGAUCCUCCUGAUGGUGAACUUUGAUCACGAAUUAUUGGCUGUAUUGAAGGAAGUCAAUUACCUGCAGCAGGUGGCACACGACGAUAUCCCGGAAAUGGCUUCUGAAGUGUCAGAGCAAGCAGAGACGUUCCGAAAAUUUCGCACCCUCUUGGGAGCCACUGUGACAUCUUACAACGACAUCCGACGUACUUCGAGACAAGUGGAAUACAAUUUAAUCGAGUUGGAAGUAGCGAGAAUUGAUUCACUGAUUACACGAGGGGAGAAAGAAUUGUGUUGGAAAUCAGAGGGACUUCCUGAUUACAUAAAUGAAUUAGGGGGACUAGUUCAGAGUCUGUGGAAGAGAUUAAAAGCUAUUCAAGCGAAUGUGGAAAAAAUAAGGGGAAUUUUGGAGCCGUGGACUAAAACACCUCUUAUUGAACGUAAAGAUCGCCGUAAAGAUGCUCUACUUGCGUUGGACGAUAGGGCUGAAAAUGUUGCCAAACGAUAUGCAGAUAUCCAGAGAGCUGCCGAGCAGAUUCAUGGGCUUCUAAAGGAGAAUGAAGUGUUAUUUGAAAUCGCCGGAGAUGGUGGAGAACCGUGGAGGGAGUAUGUAACGUACGUAGAUGAUAUCGUAACGGAAUCCCUUCGUAAAUCAGUUGGAUGCUGUCUCAGUUAUUUAUCUGAGAAUAUGGAUCCAGCGACACACAAUGAACCCGUUCUCGAGGCUAAACUUGAGCUCAGAGAGCCUGAUCUCUAUUUUGAACCAACAUUGGAUCCUGAUGAUCCGGAUGGACUGGAGCAAUUGAUUGUCGGAUUAUUGGAAGAUAUUAUUCGCAUGGCGGCCCUUGUCGAGAGACUCAAACCCGAUGCCGAGGGGUACGCAGUGGAGUUCGAACAGGAUGAUGACAUUAAAGCUAUGAAAAACGAGAUAUUGACGGGAGUAACUAGAGCAAUUGAUGAGGCCACAGAAUUCUGCGGAAUAUUCGAAGGUUAUGCAUAUUUGUGGCUCGAGGAUAGAGAAAUCGUGAUGCAGCAAUUUUUAGAGUACAGUCGCCAGCUGACAAUUGAUGAGAUGGAGAUGAUAGCACUUUUAGAUCCAAAAGCGCCGUCAAAGUGCAUUCCACGUAUGGAGCAGUUCCGUGAACAAAUCGACCUUUACGAGGGUCUCUAUCUCGAAAUUGAGGAGAUGACGGGAUUUCGCGUUUUUUGCAGCUGGUUUCGCGUCAACCUCCGACCCUUCAAGCAAUCACUCCUUAAUACUGUUUGCAAAUGGUCGAGCAUGUUCAAGAAACAUCUAGUGGAGCGCGUUACAAGCAGUCUAUCCGAUUUAGGAAAUUUCAUUCGGCUCGCGGACGAGGGUCUGCUGCAGCAGAUAUUACCGGGCGAUUACACGGGUCUCGUCAGUGUCAUGGGUUUCUUAAUGCAAGUGAAGGAGCGCCAGCCAACAACAGACGAAAUGUUUCAACCACUGCAGGAAACUAUCGGGCUAUUGAAAUUUUAUGAUCAAGAUAUACCCGAAGAGGUCAACGUCUUUCUGCAGGAAUUACCAGAGCAAUGGGCCAAUACAAAGAAAUUAGCUGUGAUGGUUAAGCAACAAGUUGCACCUCUCCAAGCGGGUGAAGUAUCAAGAAUUCGUGCUAGAAUAUCAGCAUUCGAUACGACAAUCGGUCUAUACCGAGAGGCAUUUCGUCGCUACGGCUGCUUCAAAUUCGAUUGCAAAAACGUUUACAGCGUACUGGACGAGGCAGACAAAGAGAUAUGUAUGCUAGAGCGACAAAUGAGUGACAUACAGGAAUCAGCAUCACUAUUUGAGGUGACAGUGCCAGAAUUUAAACAGCUUAAACAAUGUAGACGCGAGCUUCGGAUGCUGAAACAACUGUGGGACUACGUGUACAUUGUACGAAGUAGUAUUGAGGGAUGGAAAACAACACCAUGGAGGAAGAUUGACGUUGAGAAUAUGGAUAUUGAGUGUAAAAAAUUUGCCAAAGAGAUACGAGCACUUGACAAGGAAAUGCGACCUUGGGAAACUUAUGUAUCACUGGAGGCGACUAUUAAAAACAUGCUGACGUCGUUGCGAGCAGUGGGGGAACUACAGAAUCCAGCUAUACGAGAAAGACAUUGGCGACAGCUGAUGAACAGUACAAAGGUUCGCUUUGUGAUGGAUGAUACAACCACACUGGCCGAUUUACUCGAGCUUAAUUUGCACGAGUGUGAGGAUGAAGUGAAGAACAUUGUGGAUAAAGCUGUUAAAGAAAUGUCAAUGGAGAAGUAUCUUAGGGAAUUAAAUUCGACCUGGUCGGCAAUGGAAUUUGAACUUGAGCUGCAUCAACGCACUGGUGCCACUCUAUUAAGAGCGAGCGAGGAAUUAAUCGAAACAUUAGAGGAAAAUCAGGUCCAACUGCAAAAUUUAAUCACCUCUAAGUUCAUCGCUCACUUUUUGGGAGAGGUAUCGGCGUGGCAGAAGAAACUGAGUAUUGCUGAUCAGGUUACAACAGUGUGGUUUGAAGUACAGAGAACUUGGUUGCAUCUUGAGAGUAUCUUCAUGUCUUCGGAAGACAUACGAAAGCAGUUGCCAGUGGAUGCCGAUCGUUUCGACAUGAUUGACGAGAAAUUCAAACAAAUGACACAGGAAAUGGCAAAAACACCAAAUGUCGUAGAAGCCACCAAUAGGGAUGGCUUAGCUGCAUCACUAGAUACAUUGCAAAAGGAAUUAGUCCUUUGUGAGAAGGCACUAGCUGAAUACCUGGAAACCAAGCGUUUAGCUUUCCCCCGUUUUUACUUUGUAUCUUCUAGCGAUUUAUUAGAUAUUCUGUCCAACGGAAAUCAGCCAGAUAUUGUCGCUCGUCAUCUCACCAAACUUUUCGAUUCAAUGGCGAAAUUGAAAUUCAUCGAAACGCCGGACAAAAAAAUUGGAGUUGAGGGAAUGCACGCUAAAGACGGUGAAUACGUGGUUUUUGCAAACUACGAAAUGGUGUGCGAGGGGCCGGUAGAAGUGUGGCUAAAUCGUCUGCAGGAGGCGAUGCGCGUUACAUGUCGUUUCUACAUGAACGAAGCUGUUGUUAUCUACGAGGAAAAACCGAGGGAACAGUGGCUCUUCGAUUAUCCAGCUCAAGUAUCACUCUGUGGUACACAAAUUUGGUGGACCACGGAGGUUAACAUGGCUUUUGCUAGACUCGAGGAGGGCUACGAUAAUUCCUUAAAAGAUUAUCUCAAGAAACAAAUAAAUCAACUGAGCACAUUGAUAUCGCUGCUCCUUGGCGAGCUCACCAAACAGGAUAGACAGAAAAUAAUGACAAUAUGUACCAUAGACGUGCACUCGAGAGAUGUUGUUGGAAAAUUUGUCCAGGCAAAAGUUGAGAGUGCCCAAGCAUUCCAAUGGCAGAGCCAACUGCGAACACGAUGGGAUGAAAAGGAAAAAGAUUGCUUUGCUAAUAUUUGCGAUGCUCAGUUCAGAUAUUCUCAUGAGUAUCUGGGGAAUACCCCGAGACUUGUGAUUACACCUCUAACGGACAGAUGUUACAUAACUCUGACCCAGUCCCUUCAUCUAGUAAUGGGUGGAGGGCCAGCAGGACCGGCAGGUACAGGAAAAACUGAAACGACGAAAGAUCUUGGAAGAGCAUUGGGAAUAAUGGUAUACGUAUUCAACUGUUCUGAGCAAAUGGACUACAAGUCCUGCGGCAAUAUCUACAAGGGCCUCGCCCAGACGGGUGCCUGGGGGUGUUUCGAUGAGUUCAACAGAAUUUCAGUGGAGGUAUUGUCUGUCGUUGCAGUUCAAGUGAAAUCGGUUCAAGACGCUAUUAGAGACAAAAAGCAGAAAUUCAAUUUCAUGGGAGAGAUAAUUGCCCUCACCCCAAGUGUCGGAAUAUUCAUUACCAUGAAUCCGGGAUACGCAGGUCGUACAGAACUCCCGGAGAAUUUAAAAGCAUUAUUCAGGCCAUGUGCUAUGGUGGUGCCUGAUUUUGAAUUAAUAUGUGAAAUAAUGUUGGUGGCUGAGGGCUUUCAAGACGCCAAAGUUCUAGCUCGAAAAUUCAUCACUCUUUACACACUCUGUAAGGAGCUUUUAUCGAAACAGGAUCACUACGACUGGGGUCUCAGGGCGAUAAAAUCAGUUCUUGUAGUUGCGGGGAGUCUAAAAAGGGGUGAACCCGGUAGACCUGAGGAGGAAGUACUGAUGAGAGCACUAAGAGACUUCAAUAUUCCAAAAGUUGUGUCGGAUGACCUUCCAGUAUUCAUGGGACUUAUUGCUGAUUUGUUUCCGGCAUUGGAUGUACCCAGAAAGCGAGACAUAGAGUUUGAGAAGACUGUUAAACAAGCGGCUGCUGAUUUACUUCUACAACCCGAAGAUGGUUUCAUUCUCAAAGUCGUACAGCUAGAGGAAUUGCUUGAAGUUAGACACUCAGUGUUCAUAGUAGGAAUUGCGGGUUCUGGAAAGACUCAAGUGUGGCGAACACUCUUCCGAACUUACCAGAACAUCAAGCGCAAGCCUAUUUACACUGAUUUGAAUCCAAAGGCUGUCACAAAUGAUGAUCUCUUUGGUAUUAUAAAUCCUGCCACGAGAGAGUGGAAAGAUGGAUUGUUCUCGGUUAUAAUGAGGGACCAGGCUAAUCUGGGUGGAGACAAUCCAAAGUGGAUAAUACUUGAUGGUGACAUAGACCCCAUGUGGAUCGAGUCUCUCAAUACAGUAAUGGAUGACAAUAAAAUUCUCACUCUAGCUAGCAAUGAACGCAUUGCCCUGACUCCUGCUAUGAGACUUCUCUUCGAGAUCUCAAAUUUGAGAACAGCGACACCUGCUACUGUCUCGCGAGCUGGAAUUCUCUACAUCAAUCCCCAGGAUCUUGGUUGGAAUCCCUAUGUCACCAGUUGGAUCGAAACCAGAACAAUACCCGCGGAGAAAUCAAACCUGGUGAUGCUAUUCGAUAAAUACAUUCCGAUUUGUCUCGACACAAUGCGCACACGGUUCAAGAAAAUAACACCCAUUGCCGAAAUGGCUCAUAUAGAGAUGCUCUGUCAUCUAUUGAGUUGUCUGCUGAAACCCGAAUUAACGAUGAGCAAUGACUUCAACAAAGAUCACUAUGAACUCUACUUUGUUUUUGCUGCAGUCUGGGCAUUCGGCUCCGCGAUGUUUCAGGAUCAAACGGUUGAUUACAGAGUGGAAUUCACCAAAUGGUGGGUCAAUGAGUUCAAGCAGAUAAAGUUUCCAACCCAGGGAACUGUUUUUGAUUAUUACAUCGAUCCAGAAACCAAAGAUUUUACACCAUGGUCAGAGCGUGUUCCCCAAUUCUUUCUUGAUCCGGACAUGCCUCUGCAGGCAGCCCUUGUCUACACGUCAGAAUCAAUCAGAAUAAAGUAUUUUCUAGACCUCUUGAUGGAGGAGAAGCAUCCAGUGAUGUUGGUCGGUGGAGCUGGAUGUGGAAAGACUGUUUUGGUUUCGGAAAAACUUCUCCAGUUGUCUGAAAACUACGCGGUGGCAAAUGUUCCUUUCAAUUUUUAUACUUCUUCGGAAAUGCUCCAGAAGAUUCUGGAGAAGCCGUUGGAGAAAAAGGCAGGAAGGAACUAUGGCCCUCCAGGAAAUAAAACACUGAUCUACUUCGUUGACGAUCUCAAUAUGCCCGAGGUUGAUGCCUACGGUACCGUCCAACCUCACACACUCAUCAGACAACAUCUAGAUUAUGGUCACUGGUACGACAGAACCAAAUUGACACUUAAAGAUAUUCAUAAUUGUCAGUACGUGAGCUGCAUGAAUCCAACAGCUGGAUCAUUCACAAUAAAUCCUAGGCUGCAGAGGCAUUUCGCUGUUUUCGCCGUCAGUUUUCCCAAUCACGAAUGUUUAAUGAUCAUAUACUCAUCAAUUUUUUCCCAGCAUCUGGCGAAUUUAGAACACAGAUUUCCCCUCUGCGUUACUGAAAUGUGCAAUUCGAUAGUACAAGCUACUCUCCAGCUUCACAAUCGUUGCGCCCAAGUGUUCCUCCCUACGGCCACCAAAUUCCAUUACAUUUUCAAUCUACGCGAUUUAUCAAAUUGCUUUCAAGGUUUACUCUUCAGUGGAAAUGAGUGCCUGCAGUGUCCGACAGAUCUCAUUCGACUAUGGAUGCAUGAAACAUAUCGUGUUUAUGGGGAUAAACUAACGGAUGAGAAGGACAUUGAUAAUUUCUUAAAAAUGCAAAUUGAUGUUGUAAAAAAAAAUACGGAGGAGAUCGAUGAAGGGGCUGUGCUCGAGAGACCGAAUAUCUAUUGUCAUUUUGCUGGUGGAGUGGGUGAGCCAAAGUACAUGCCAAUAAAAAAUUGGGCAACUCUGCACCGUCUAUUAUCGGAAGCCCUUGUCAGCUACAACGACUUAGUUUCAGCCAUGAAUCUAGUUCUCUUCGAAGAUGCAAUGAUGCAUGUGUGCCGUAUUAACAGGAUUUUGGAAUCCCCGAGGGGGAGUGCCUUAUUAGUGGGUGUUGGUGGCUCCGGGAAACAAAGCCUCUCUCGUUUAUCCGCUUUCAUAAGCUCUCUUGAAGUAUUCCAGAUUCAAUUGAGGAAAGGCUACGGUGUUCUCGAUCUGAAAAUAGAACUUGCAGGCCUUUACCUCAAAUCAGGAAUGAAAAAUAUUGGCAUCAUGUUCCUCAUGACAGACGCGCAAGUACCGAACGAACAGUUUCUCGUUUUAAUCAAUGAUAUGUUAGCGUCCGGCGAGGUACCAGAUUUAUUUCCCGAAGAUGAAGUUGAAAAUAUAAUCGCUGGUGUGCGAAAUGAAGUCAAAGGAGCUGGUAUAUUGGAUACUCGAGAGAAUUGUUGGAAAUUUUUUAUCGACCGUGUAAGACGACAGCUCAGGGUCGUCUUGUGUUUUUCCCCGGUGGGUUCAACCCUCCGCGUAAGAUCCCGAAAAUUCCCAGCUAUAAUAAAUUGUACGGCGAUCAAUUGGUUUCACGAGUGGCCCCAGGAAGCUCUAAUGUCAGUGUCAAAGCGCUUUCUAGAGGAACUAGUGGAGUUACCGGAAGGAUUCAGAGAGUCAGCGGCAAAGUUCAUGGCACAUGCUCACACAACCGUUAAUGCAGCCAGCCGUGCCUAUUUGGCGGGAGAGAGACGUUACAAUUAUACAACACCAAAGUCAUUCCUGGAACAAAUUAGUUUGUACACAAAACUUCUAAAAGCUAAAACGAGCGAAUUAAGGGGUCGCAUAGAGCGGCUUGAAAAUGGUCUGUCAAAGUUGAAAUCAACAGCAGCACAAGUGGAUCAAUUAAAGGAGAAAUUGGCGGUACAGGAGAUUGAGUUGAAGGAGAAAAAUGAGGCUGCAGAUGCGCUUAUUGAAAUAGUAGGAGUUGAAACGGCGAAAGUACAGAGAGAAAAGGCCCUUGCCGAUGAGGAGGAAUCGAAAGUGGCUGUUAUAGCUGAAGAGGUAUUAAAGAAACAAAGAGAUUGCGAAGCAGAUUUACUGAAGGCCGAGCCAGCUCUGCUCGCUGCGCAAGAGGCUUUGAACACACUUAAUAAAGCAAAUCUUACAGAAUUAAAGUCAUUUGGUUCACCUCCUGGCGCUGUGACCAACGUCACUGCCGCCGUAAUGGUACUCCUAGCGCCCGAUGGCAAAGUGCCAAAGGAUAGAAGCUGGAAAGCCGCCAAGAUUGUCAUGGCUAAAGUUGAUGCUUUCCUCGAUGCUCUCAUCAAUUACGAUAAAGAAAAUAUACACCCUGAAGUGAUCAAAGCAAUACAGCCUUAUCUCAAGGAUUCAGAGUUUGAACCUGAAUUUGUAAGAUCGAAAUCAGCCGCAGCUGCGGGUCUGUGCGCAUGGGUUAUAAACAUCAUUAAAUUUUACGAAGUAUUCUGUGAUGUUGAGCCGAAAAGAAAAGCACUGGCCCAAGCCAACGCUGAAUUAGCAGCUGCCCAAGACAAACUCAGUAUUAUCAAGAGAAAAGUUGCGUCAUUGGAGGAGCAAUUAGCCAAACUAACAGCGGACUUCGAGCAAGCAACAGCGGAGAAGCUCAAGUGCCAGCAGGAAGCAGACGCUACUAACGCAAUUAUCGCCCUUGCCAAUCGAUUAGUCGGGGGUCUCGCUUCAGAGAACGUGCGCUGGGCAGAUUCAGUCGCUAAUCUGAUGCAUCAGGGCUCGACUCUACCGGGCGAUGUACUGCUAAUUACCGCAUUCAUCUCCUACGUUGGUUGUUUCACAAAAACAUUCAGACAAGAUCUGUUGAACAAGCAGUGGCUGCCAGUAGUAAAAACACUGGAUCCAGUAAUUCCCAUAACAGAUGGCCUAGAUGUUCUUACCCUUUUAACAAAUGACACACAAAUUGCCAAGUGGAAUAAUGAGGGAUUACCGAAUGAUAGAAUGUCAACGGAAAAUGCUACGAUUCUAUCCAACUCGGAUCGUUGGCCUCUCAUGAUCGAUCCCCAGCUCCAGGGGAUCAAAUGGAUUAAACAAAAAUACGGCGAUGAGCUGAGAGUAAUUAGAUUAGGGCAGCGCGGUUACUUGGAUGUUAUCGAACAGUCUCUGGCAAUGGGUGCCACAGUUCUCAUCGAGAACAUUGGUGAAGCUGUUGAUCCUGUAUUAGAUCCCCUCCUUGGUCGUAAUCUCAUAAAAAAAGGAAGGGCAAUAAAAAUUGGUGAUAAAGAAGUUGAAUAUAAUCCCACAUUUAGACUCCUAUUGCACACAAAAUUGGCUAAUCCCCACUACAAGCCGGAGAUGCAGGCGCAAACGACGUUAAUUAAUUUUACGGUUACGAGGGACGGACUGGAGGACCAGUUGUUGGCUGAAGUUGUUAAGGCCGAGAGGCCAGAUCUUGAGGAUCUCAAAGCGGACCUCACGAGACAGCAGAAUGAGUUCAAGAUUACGUUGAGUGGGCUGGAGGACUCAUUGCUCUCUCGAUUAUCGUCAGCCGACGAAAAUGUACUCGGUGAUACAGCACUGGUCGAAAAUUUGGAGACAACUAAGAGAACGGCUGCUGAGAUCGAGCGUAAAGUAACUGAGGCACGUGGAACGAGUAAAGAAAUUGAUGCAGCACGUGAGCUGUAUCGUCCAGCAGCAGCACGGGCCUCACUACUGUACUUCAUCCUCAAUGAUCUGAACACCAUUAACCCAAUAUAUCAAUUUUCUCUGAAGGCAUUCAGUGUAGUAUUCCAGAAAGCUAUUCUCAAAGCUGAUCCAGCACCGGACGUGACGAGCAGAGUGAUAAACCUCAUCGAAUGUAUCACGUACUCAGUUUUCAUGUAUACAACGAGAGGAUUGUUCGAGUGUGACAAAUUGAUAUUCACAUCGCAAAUGACAUUCCAAAUACUCUUGGUCAGAAGAGAAAUAUCUACGGCUGAAUUGGAUCUUCUGCUAAGAUUCCCAAUUAUGCCCCACGUUACAUCACCGGUUGAUUUUUUAACCAAUACGAGCUGGGGUGGAAUUAGGAGUCUUUCGUCCAGAGAUGAGUUUAGAAAUUUAGACCGAGAUAUUGAAAUUUCUGCCAAGCGGUGGAAGAAGUUUGUAGAAUGUGAAUGUCCUGAGCGAGAAAAAUUUCCACAAGAGUGGAAGAACAAGACCGCACUCCAAAGAUUAUGCAUGUUGAGAGCUUUGAGGCCCGAUAGAAUGACAUACGCCAUAUCUGUAUUUAUCGAGGAGAAACUUGGUGUGAGGUAUGUUGAAGGAAAGACAGUAGAAUUCUCAAAAUCUUACGAAGAGACCAGUCCAUCCACUCCGAUAUUCUUUAUUCUAUCCCCUGGAGUGAAUCCCCUCAAGGAUGUUGAAGAUUUAGGAAGACGUUUAGGCUUUUCAUCAGACGCUCAAAACUUCCACAAUGUCUCACUUGGUCAAGGUCAAGAGACAGUGGCAGAGCAGGCGAUGGACAUAGCCUCUAAGUCAGGUCACUGGGUGAUUCUGCAAAAUAUUCACCUCGUGAAAAAGUGGCUGCCACUACUAGAGAAAAAACUUGAAGUGGCAGCCGAGGGAUCAGCUGAUAAUUACCGGGUGUUCAUGAGUGCCGAGCCAGCCAGUACUCCAGCUGGACACAUUAUCCCUCAAGGAGUUCUGGAGUCCUCAAUCAAGAUCACUAAUGAGCCACCCACUGGGAUGCAGGCGAAUCUCCACAAGGCACUUGACAAUUUCACUCAGGAGACACUGGAGAUGUGCAGCAAAGAGGCGGAGUUCAAGGCAAUUCUAUUCUCCCUCUGUUACUUUCACGCUGUCGUGGCUGAGAGACGAAAAUUUGGCCCUCAAGGAUGGAACAAAAUCUAUCCCUUUAACGUUGGUGAUCUCAAUAUAAGUGUCAGUGUUCUUUACAAUUAUCUGGAGGCAAGCGCCAGAGUACCUUGGGAAGAUUUGCGAUAUCUCUUCGGUGAGAUAAUGUACGGCGGCCACAUCACUGACGACUGGGACAGAAGACUCUGCGUAUCGUAUUUAGAAGAGCUUAUGCAGCCCGAAUUAGUAGACGGAGAACUCCAAUUGGCGCCCGGAUUUCCCGCGCCACCGAGUACAGACCUUAUUGGUUACCAUGCCUACAUCGACGAAGCCCUUCCACCAGAGUCACCCUACCUCUACGGUCUACAUCCGAACGCUGAAAUUGGUUUUCUCACAACAACAUCAGAAAAUUUAUUCAGAACUGUUUUUGAAAUGCAGCCACGUGAUGCCGGUGACUCAGGCGGCCAGACAACAACCCGAGAAGACAAGGUUAAGCAAAUAGUGGAUGAGAUAAUGGAAAAGCUACCCGAGGAGUUUAAUAUGGUUGACAUAAUGGCUAAAGUUGAAGAACGUACACCCUACGUAAUUGUGGCAUUUCAGGAGUGCGAAAGAAUGAACGGUCUGACUGGUGAGAUAAAGAGGUCACUCCGUGAGCUUGAUCUAGGCUUGAAAGGCGAAUUAACCAUUACAUCGGACAUGGAGGAUCUUGAAAAUGCCCUAUUUCUGGAUCAAGUGCCACCAGUUUGGGCACAAAGGGCAUAUCCAUCGUUAUUGGGGCUCACUGCAUGGUUUGUGGACCUUUUGCUUCGAUUGAGAGAAUUGGAAACAUGGUCCACAGACUUUGCACUGCCGUCAUCUGUGUGGCUAGCAGGUUUCUUCAAUCCUCAAUCCCUCCUGACAGCCAUAAUGCAGUCGACAGCGAGAAGAUAUGAACUUCCUCUCGACAAAAUGUGCCUGCAGUGUGAUGUAACUAAAAAGAACAAAGAAGAGUUUACUACUGCGCCAAGGGAUGGAGCUUACGUUCACGGAAUAUUCAUGGAAGGCGCACGGUGGGAUGUACAAGCCGGAUUAUUAAUGGAUUCAAGACCCAAAGAACUCUUUCCAAUGUUACCAGUGAUCAACGUACGUGCAAUAACCCAGGAUAAACAGGAUUUAAGGAACAUGUACGAGUGCCCAAUGUACAAAACACGAACGCGUGGACCAACUUAUGUUUGGACAUUUAAUUUGAAGACAAAAGAUAAACCAGCAAAGUGGACUUUAGCUGGUGUCGCACUUCUACUGCAGAUUUAAUUCAAUUAGAUUCACUAUUCUCUCAACUUUUUCUCUCCCCCGCUCCCUUUGAAAUCUACUGAAAUGUUGACGUUAUGAAAUUGCUUCGUUAGACAUGAAUUCAUUAUCCCAGAGUCUGAUGUACCUUAAUUAUGAAGAAACGUUGUUUUGGAAGGAAAAAAGGGAAAUUGUUCUUACGUAAAUUUCAACGGACCGAAUGAACAAAGGCACUUUUUUUAAUGCCACUCGACCAAAAGAAAAGCUUUAACCUAAAUCAACUUGGGGGACGCCGGAGAAGAAGAAAAUGUACAAGAGUACCAUUCGUGAGUCGAUGAAAUAAUGAAGGGUGGAGAGUAAUCGAUAUUUAGAAAUAAUAAAGUAAA